AUGUCUUCGCGGCUGCGCUUGAGGAGGCGAGAAAACCCCGAGCCCGAGCCGGAGCAGGCAAGUGGUGGAGUGGAGGCUUCUCAUCGAGUCCGCGAGAAGGAGAUAGACAUCAAAAUCUCCGCGUCGGGAAUGGGCAAUGGCUCGCAGGUCCUCUUCGAUUUCAAGAGCGGCGCAUUCAAGCCUGUGCCGAGUCAGGAUGUGGUAUUCGAUCUCCUUUCGCUUCCGUCAAGGAUCGUACACAAGGAGGAUCUCGAGAAGGAGGAGAGAAGGAAGGACACGGCGUCUAUACACGGAGAGAAAAUAGUUGAAGCGGAAACUCAAGUAAAUGACGAAAACGCGAAGGAAAUGGAGGAGCUGUACGGGGCCUACAUGACGAAGGAGGAGCUGGCGAAGUUAGACGCCCAACCGAACCCGUUUAAUUAUAGUGAUCGUGUUUCGCAGACUUUUCGAGUGGUUAUGAAGGACCUCCCCAUCCAGACGGACCCUCCUCCGGGCACGACCUUCUCCGCCAACGUAGGAUUUUCAGACAUCUACGAUGCCUAUGAAAAGGACUACGAUAGGGUCCUGUAUGUCAAAGAUUCAUUGCCAGAGCUACAGAAAGGCCAUAGUUCGUCGCAGUCUCAGAAAGCGUCGCGACCCAACUCCGAGGGCGCGGCCAAGAAGCAGGCGUCUCCACUCCGGGCGACGGCGGCGACGGCGGAGGCGCAGGCGGAGGAGGAGCGCGUCCCCCCCCGCCUGCGCACCGUCGUCGCCCUCGAGAGGAUGGUCAGCCAGAAUAUCUUCGACGAAGUCACGCAAGACUACAAGUACUGGGAGGACAGCAGCGACGACUACCGGAACCUGGAGGGGUCUCUGCUGCCGCUGUGGAGGUUCCCGUGCGAGGGAGGCCGCGCGCUCGUCGUCACGGAUAUCUGCUGGAGUCCCGUCUACCACGACCUCUUCGCUGCCGCCUACACUACAGCCUUUACAACCGAGGUUACACCAGCCUUCUCUGACUCUGGAACCAGACUCUCGCCCAAAAUUAGCUCCCUUUGGCCAGGCCGGGUGCCCUGUCUGGGGGCUAAAAGAGGAUCCAAAUGUUCGUCGCUCGAGAGCAUCUGCGGGGCAUCCGACGCCCAAGGGAUGCUGUGCCUGUUCACCCUCAAGAACCCGGGCAUCCCUGAGCGCGUCCUGCAGCCUCCAUGUGGCAUCACGUCCGUACAGUUCCAUCCCUCGCGAGCGAGCGUGCUGGCUGCGGGGCGCGUGGACGGGGCGGUGAUGGUGGUCGACGUCCGCUCCCCCCGCGCCCCCAGGGUCAUCACCUCGACGGUUGUAGCCGGAAGUCACCUCCAGCCGGUCUGCCAGGUGCGCUGGGUGCCAACAGACCCCGGCGAGAGUCUCUGCUUCUACUCUGUGUCCGAGGACGGUCGCGUGUCCGAGUGGCUGGUCCGACCUUCCGCUCUCGUCCACGCUGACAUCCUCGACUUCAACGCCAGCGCGGCGAACGCCAAGUUAUCUAAAGACGCUUCCAAGUUCUUACUCGAAGGCAGAGCCACCUGUAUAGCGCUGAACCCGAACGACAAGACGGACAUGCUGGUGGGCGUCGACACGGGCGAGAUGCUGCGGCUGAAGACCUCGAGCACCCACGCCCUCACGCGCUACCCCGCCCACAUCGGCGCCGUGAGGGACGUCGCCUGGAACGCCCACCACUGCAAGAUCUUCGCCUCCUGCUCCUUGGACUGGACGCUCAAGAUCUGGAUCCGCGAUUGCCUUUUAGUACAAGAAGUUAUAUAUCACAUUAACUUGGCAAAUGUGCAAAUGGUAGAUUUAUCUCAAGAAGUUCCUCAACCUCUUGUGUUACUUCUUGUCAAGAUGUUCCACUACUCCAGCAAUCGAGAUAUUGAUACAGUGGCUGCACACUCUGAGCGAUGCAAAAUUAUGGCAAUGUCGCCGCUGGUGACCCUUGACCUCGGCUCGCCGGUCGCGAGCGUCUCAUGGUCCCCCUACAGCAGUAGUGUGGUCGCGGCGGCCACGGACGAAGGGCGCGUCUACGUGUACGACCUGUUCCUCCGCAAGUGCCAUCCGCUGUGCUCGCAAAACCUCAACCAGCGGCGUCGACUUGGCCUCUCCUGCGUCGCCUUCAACCUCUUCAGCCCCGUCGUGCUCGUCGGCGGAGAGAAAGGCUACCUGAUGACGCUGAAGCUCUCUCCCAACCUGCGUCGGCCGUACAAGGAUGCGAAGGGCGCCGAGGAGAUGAGGCAGGCGGAGAUCGAGCUCUGCAAGAUGGAGAGAAUCAUCGCCACCAGCAAGGAGUGGGAGAAGCCGGGAGAUGAGAAGAGGAAGAUUUCUGCUGUAUUUUGAAAGGGAUUCUGCGUGGUUAAGUAAGGAAGGUGAUUCUCUGUGGAAGAUGAGACGGGUCGGGUGAUUCAGUGUUAGCGGGAAGGAGUGGGAGAUCGGGGAAUUACACAUGAUGUGAUGUUUUGAUGUGAUUCUGUGUGAUUACAGUAUAAUUAGAGACGAUCAGGCGAUGUUUUGUAAUAUAUUCUUACCUGAUUCUGUUUGCUUCCAUGGAAUCCGAUCAAUGUUCUGUGCGGGAGAAAUGGAACAAAAAUUCAAACGCAGUGACGUGCGUACAGAGAUGAAAUGAAGCCAAAGCCAGAAUUGGAAUAUACGAAUAAAUCGUGACGUUUCGAACACUCCAAGGGUUCCUCUUUGGACGAAUAAUAAAAGAAGAGGUACAGUUAUGCAGAUUAUAUACAUAUUUGUCUAAAUUUAUCUCCGGAAUCAGAAAAUGUCUUCUGUCCUGUUUAAAUAGGAUUCUUCUUCGUUCUUUUUGAUUGAAUCUGUGACUGUGUACGUUAGAUAAUUGGUUCGUUUUUUCUUGAAUGAAGAAGGAAGAAGUGCAGAAGUGUCGAGUGAAUAUAAACACGAAUUAUCAUAAUGAUUUAACUUGUACAUACCUCGUGAUACAUAUCAUAUUGUGAAUUCAAAUAAUAUAUCAAAUGAUGAGUUUAUUGCAAACUAUUUCCUUUCAUCUAUAUUACAAGCACAUUCUUGAAAAUAGGAUUAUCAAUUUAUGUUCCUCUAACUAGCCGUCCCAGCUAAAAGGAUAAAGAUGGCUGUGAUUUCUCAGGGAUUAUGUAAUAAAACAAAUUCAGGUGU